AUGGCACAAACAACACGCAAGACUACGAUCCGAAGGUUUCAGCUACUUCACCUGAGAACAAGGCGGUUUAUUCACAAUAGGUCUCCUUCAACAGCCGAACAAAAAAUAUGGACUCGUUCAUCCGCCAUCACCUUAGCAGCUGCAGCUGGGAUUGCUAUGCUCUAUUCAUCCUCCGGGCUUCGACAAGCCAGUGCCGAAGUCGCUCCUACAUCAGUCGAGAUGACCAUUGAGAAGUCGAAAAGGAAGACGGGUGCAUCCAAAGAGGAGAACAGAGAUCUUAUGAGCUCUCAACAUCUGCAGGUCAAAAGGAGUUGGGAAAAUCCAGGACUCUAUGCAUGGGGCUCCAACACUGGCAAAGUAGCUGCACCAGAUUCAGAAGAGAUCUAUGUGAAAACACCACGAAGGAUUCCGUACUUCAAUGACAUCCUUUUGCGAGAUGUUAAGCUUGAUCGAAAUUUUGGGGCUGCGAUCAAAGAGAACGGAGAUUUAGUCCAAUGGGGUAAAGGAUAUUCUGAGGAACAACCUCAACCCGCUGUCACCCUCAGAGGUAAGGAUCUCAAAUCCAUUGCUAUCUCAAGAGAUAGGAUUGUCGGCCUCUCCAAAAAUGGAUCUGUAUAUUCGAUUCCGGUGUCACGGAUGGAUCAAGAAGCAGGACCGAAGCCUUCGGAGGCUUCGUGGAUUCCGUUUUGGAACGGUCAUUCCAAUAUUAGUUAUCGCAAAAUGAAGCCAAAAGACCUGUCUUACAACGAGAAGGUCACCGCCAUUAGUGGAGGCCUUGAACAUGUACUUCUCCUUACAAACACAGGUCGAGUCUUCUCUGCGGCAUCAGGAACGGAAGACUUUCCAUCCCGGGGCCAGCUUGGGGUACCUGGUAUCACGUGGUCAACGCGACCAGAAGGGCCUUAUGAUAUGUGCCAUGAGAUCACAACGUUGAAGGGCUUUGAUAUAUCCAAAAUAGCUGCAGGAGACCACCACUCUCUAGUCCUCGACAAGGAAGGCCGCGUCUUUUCCUUUGGCGACAACUCCUGCGGCCAGCUUGGUUUCGAGUACAGAUCCGAAUCACCAUUCAUUGACGCCCCUUCCCUGGUGCCAUUGCAGAAGCUGUAUGCUGGUACUAACCAGAUACCGAAGGUAACGAAUUUAUCUGCUGGAGGUGUCAACAGUUUCUUUACAGUUGACGCUACACGUGUAGUUGGACCUGGCGAAAAUGCUUCAGAAGCACGCGGACUGGGAAAAGUGACAGCAGACACAUGGAGUUGUGGACAAGGUAUCAAGGGCACCUUAGGUAAUGGCAGAUGGACACAUUUACAAGGCACUCCAACCAAGGUUCAAUCGUUAAGUGGUCUCUUUGAAUACGAUGAGAUAAAGAAGCAAGUUAUUCCCAUCCGGAUGGCACAAAUCAGUGUUGGUUCCUCUCACGCGGCCGCUGUGAUGGAUAAUGUCACAUACCUCGACGCAUCAGAAAACAGCUCGGAGAACGACACCAACUGGGGAGCCGAUGUCCUCUGGUGGGGUGGGAAUGAGUACUAUCAGCUGGGAACUGGAAAACGGAACAAUGUCACCAACCCGAUCUAUAUUCGUCCCUUGGAUAUGGCCGCUGAAGUACAAGCAGGCCGGAAGGAAGAGCAUAGAUUCCAUAUAACGCCUCGUCAUACCGUCAAUGUGCAAGGUCGCAAGAUUCCGGGACAUCAGAUGCUGUUUCGGCGGCCUUUGCAGCCGCCUUUGACACUCUUUUGGCCUUCAUCCAUCUUUCUAUCACCUCUAUCUCAAUUCGACACCUCCCAAAAAGGAACCUCCCAAAAAAGAGACCUUCUUCCCACCCCCAAUAAACGAACCCCCUUUGGUGUCCACCGACGUUCAGUGGCCGUUCUUUCUAAAGAGGAUGCAGAAGAGGGAGAAGAGGAUGCAGAAGAGGGAGAAGAGGAUGCAGAAGAGGGAGAAGAGGAUGCAGAAGAGGGAGAAGAGGAUGCAGAAGAGGGAGAAGAGGAUGCAGAAGAGGGAGAAGAGGAUGCAGAAGAGGGAGAAGAGGAUGCAGAAGAGGGAGAAGAGGAUGCAGAAGAGGGAGAAGAGGAUGCAGAAGAGGGAGAAGAGGAUGCAGAAGAGGGAGAAGAGGAUGCAGAAGAGGGAGAAGAGGAUGCAGAAGAGGGAGAAGAGGAUGCAGAAGAGGGAGAAGAGGAUGCAGAAGAGGGAGAAGAGGAUGCAGAAGAGGGAGAAGAGGAUGCAGAAGAGGGAGAAGAGGAUGCAGAAGAGGGAGAAGAGGAUGCAGAAGAGGGAGAAGAGGAUGCAGAAGAGGGAGAAGAGGAUGCAGAAGAGGGAGAAGAGGAUGCAGAAGAGGGAGAAGAGGAUGCAGAAGAGGGAGAAGAGGAUGUAGAAGAGAGAGAAGAGGCUACCGAGGCUACCGAGGCUCCUGAGGCUCCCGCCGCUCGGCUCUUCCCUACCCUCUCUGACUACGAGUACUACGAUUCCAUCGUGACCACUCAAGAGGUGAUGCAAACCUUCAUCGCAAACUCCUCCCUUCAGCUUUUAGUCCUUGCCGCUAUCCCCCUCAUCUUUGCCUUUCGCCGCCUGCUUCUCCGCGAUCCCUUUCCACCCAAAACCCCACAACCAAUUAGCAACGACUAUCCGAUCGUGGGUGCGUUCGACUUCUUCUCCCGCCGAUGGGACUUCUUCCAGCAGGCUAUGGCCAAUUCGCCCACGGGCAACUUCAGUUUCCAUCUGGGCAAGAUUCCUGUCAUUGGCCUCAGCGGUCUCGACGCUCGUCGGGUAUUCCUGGAGAGCAAACAGCUUGAUUUGAACCAAGGGAGAAAGCCCUCGCGUCGGAGUUCGCGACGGCGGCUUCUUCCAAUGGUUCAACACCCGGAUAACUACCAUGAUCUGCCUCAACUGCUAGCCGACACCCGAUCAAGACUGGAAGAAAUCGCUGUCUUGCCCAGCGGCAUCUUCGACCCCUUUGACAAUGUGUAUAGAAUCGUGUUUCAGUUGACCAUGCGAACAGUCGGUUGUAAUGAGAUUGCCAACGACCCCCACUUGUUGCGGGAAAUGCUUGGGUUAUAUGAGACCAUCCAGGGAAGUGCGACCAUGGCUACCAUACUAUUUCCCUGGCUUCCUACUCCUGCAAGACUCAAGCGGACCAUUGCUGGUAUUCGACUGUACAUGAUCGUACAGCCCAUAGUCGCCCAGCGCAAGAAGACAGGAAAGAGAGAAGAGGAUGCGUUGCAGUACAUGAUUGACCAGGGAGAUGAUGUCACUAGGAUCAUUUCUUUCAUUAUCGGCGCCCUUUUCGCAGGCCAACUCAACACCGGUAUCAAUGCCGCCUUUAUAGUCGCCUGCCUUGCCACCAACCCUGAAUGGUCGGCCAGAGUUCGUGAGGAGGUUGCGACCAUUGCCGAGAGAUACAAUCGCGGCUCGACUGCCCCCCUCAUCGACCAGCUCGCCAGUAUUCCUGUGCAGGCGUGA